AUGGCCAAAUCAGCAGUCUUAGGGUUCCCAAGAAUUGGGCCAAAUAGAGAAUUGAAGAAAAGUACUGAGUCUUACUGGAAGGGGAAGAUUACCCAGGACGAGCUUGUGGCAGUGGGGAAGCAAAUUAGAAAGGACAAUUGGUUGUUGCAAAAACAGAGUGGGAUUGAUAUUAUUCCAUCCAAUGAUUUCUCGUUCUACGAUCAUAUCUUGGAUAUCUCCGUAUUGUUCAAUGUGAUCCCUAAACGUUAUUCCGACUUGAAAUUAUCUACUUUGGAUACCGUUUUUGCCAUGGGUAGAGGGUUACAAAGGGAUGAAAUUGAUGUGACUGCUUUAGAGAUGGUUAAAUGGUUUGAUUCUAACUAUCAUUAUGUUAGACCUACUUUCUCCCAUGAUACUCAAUUUAAAUUGGUCGGUUCUAAGCCAAUUGAUGAAUUUUUGGAAGCCAAGGAAUUGGGUGUCAUCACUAGACCUGUCUUGCUAGGUCCUGUAUCUUUAUUAUUCUUGGGUAAACCAGAUAACGAUUCUUUAGAUUUAGAUUUGUUAUCUUUGUUACCUAAAUUAUUACCUGUUUACGUCGAAUUAUUGACUCAAUUGAAAAAAGCAGGUGCAGAACAAGUUCAAAUUGAUGAACCUAUCUUGGUUUUGGAUUUGGAUUCUAAAGUUAAAGCUGCAUAUUCUACUUUUUUCAAAGCUUUAGAAGCUGCUUCCACUACUAUCCCAUCAAUCACAUUAUCUACUUAUUUCGGUACUGUAGUUCCAAAUUUGGAAGUUUUGAAAUCUGCUCCAGUAGAAACUUUACAUUUUGAUUUCAUUAGAGCUCCAGAACAAAUUAAUGAUGUCUUAACAGUUAUCUCUGCCAAUCAAAAAUUAUCCAUUGGUAUUGUCGAUGGUAGAAACAUUUGGAAAAAUGAUUUCGAAACGUCUAUUGAAUUCAUUAAUAAUGUCAUCCAAAAGAUUCCAACUGAAAGAAUCGUCAUUGCUACUUCUUCUUCAUUAUUACAUACCCCUGUAGAUUUAAAUAAUGAAACUAAAUUAUCCGAUGAAGUUAAAGAUUUCUUCUCAUUUGCUACUCAAAAAUUGAAUGAAGUUACCAUUUUAACAAACUUAAUCAAUAAUCCAAAGGAUGUUGAUGCUAUUAAACAAUUGGAAGUAAAUAUAAAAUCUAUCACUGCCAAGAAAAACUCCAAGAUUACUACCAAUGAAACUGUUCAAAAAAGAUUGAAAUCCAUCGAUGAUAAGAUGGCCACUCGUGCUUCUCCAUUCGUUGAAAGAUUAAAGGAACAACAAAAGGUUUUCAACUUACCUUUAUUCCCAACAACAACAAUUGGUUCUUUCCCACAAACCAAAGAUAUUAGAAUCAAUAGAAACAAAUUCGUAAAAGGUACUAUCACAAAGGAAGAAUAUGAAACUUUUAUUAAUGAAGAAAUUGAAAGAGUCAUUAGAUUCCAAGAAGAAAUCGGUUUAGAUGUCUUGGUUCAUGGUGAACCAGAAAGAAAUGAUAUGGUUCAAUAUUUCGGUGAACAAAUUGAUGGUUAUUAUUUCACUCAAAACGGUUGGGUUCAAUCCUAUGGUUCUAGAUACGUUAGACCACCAAUCAUUGUUGGUGACUUAUCAAGACCAAACCCAAUGUCUGUAAGAGAAUCUGUCUAUGCUCAAUCUAUAACCAAAAAGACUGUUAAAGGCAUGUUGACUGGUCCAAUUACCUGUUUAAGAUGGUCUUUCCCUCGUGUCGAUAUUAAUCAAGAAUCUCAAGCUUUACAAUUAGCCUUAGUUCUAAGAGAUGAAGUUCAAGAUUUGGAAAAAGCCGGUAUUAAAUGUAUUCAAGUCGAUGAACCUGCCUUGAGGGAAGGUUUACCUUUACGUGAAGGUAAAGAAAGAUCUGAAUAUUUGGAUUGGGCUGCAAAGGCUUUCCGUGUUGCUACCUCCGGUGUUACCAACGCUACUCAAAUCCAUUCUCAUUUCUGUUACUCAGAUUUGGAUCCAACUCAUAUUAAAGCUUUGGAUGCUGAUGUCGUUUCCAUUGAAUUCUCCAAGAAAGAUGAUCCAAAAUAUAUCAAAGAAUUUCAAACUUAUCCAAACCAUAUUGGCUUAGGUCUUUUCGAUAUUCAUUCCCCAAGAGUUCCAUCAAAGGAAGAAUUUAUUGCCAAAAUCGACAAAAUCUUAGAAUCUUAUCCUGCUGAAAAAUUCUGGGUUAAUCCAGAUUGUGGUCUAAAGACAAGAGAUUGGGAUGAAACUAGGGUGUCCUUAACCAAUAUGGUUGAAGCCGCAAAAUACUUCCGUGAAGAAUAUGAAUCAAAGAAUUAA